CAGCCGGGCUUCGGGUGUUGUUGCCCGGUUGUUUUUGACCUUUUGCUGCUUGUAAUAAUUGUGCAACAGCACCAAGUAGGGCAGGACGCCAGGUGGCGAGCACAUGUUCCUACGUCACAGACAACACCCGCGGCCGGCCACUGCAGCUCUGCCCGCUCCACCGCCGACAGCUCCGCUAGGCUGAUAGAGGCUGAGAUGCACGGCAGCGCACUGGGAUCGUAAAAAAAAACGGCCCUGUGCUCUUUCUUUCCAUUUUAACAGAGGUUACAACACGAAUAUUGGUGGCUGUUUGAAAACAAAGAGAAGGAUGGCACAGACAGACACGCUGCUGCAUCUGUUCGCUGGAGGAUGCAGUGGUACGAUUGGAGCCAUCAUGACCUGCCCCCUGGAGGUGUUGAAGACACGGUUGCAGUCCUCUGGCGUCACGCUAAGACCCGUCUUCCAGGCCCAGCUCGGCGCCUUAAGUCGCACCAGGGUUAUCCGACCGGGGACUGUUACACCUGGGCCGCUGCAGGUCCUACGAUCAAUCCUUGAAAAAGAGGGACCAAGAUCACUUUUCCGUGGCCUUGGGCCGAACCUCGUUGGCGUCGCCCCCUCAAGAGCCAUUUACUUCGCUGCAUACUCGAAAUCCAAAGAGACGUUCAAUGAGAUGUUUGUCCCCAACAGUGGUCUGGUGCACAUGUCCUCUGCUGGUGUUGCAGCUUUCAUUACCAACUCUCUGAUGAACCCCAUCUGGAUGGUGAAGACCAGGAUGCAGCUGGAGAAAAAAGCCCGAGGAGAGAAGAAGAUGAAUGCACUGCAGUGUGCUCGCUAUGUUUACAGAAUGGAAGGGGUUCGAGGCUUCUAUAGAGGCCUGACUGCAGCUUAUGCUGGGAUCUCGGAGACCAUGAUCUGCUUCCUCAUGUACGAGACACUGAAGAAAAACCUCGCCAAGAACCAGUUCAUCUCCCUGAAUGGUGAAAGUGAGAAAAGACCUUCGGACUUCCUCAGUCUGAUGUUGGCAGCUGCUGUUUCAAAGGGCUGUGCGUCCUGCAUAGCCUACCCACACGAGGUCAUUCGGACAAGGCUGCGUGAGGAGGGCAGCAAGUACAAGUAUUUCUUCCAGACAGGGAAGUUAAUAGCAGUGGAGGAAGGCUAUGCAGCUUUUUAUAGAGGACUCAUUCCACAGCUAAUUAGACAGAUCCCUAACACAGCCAUCGUCCUCUCCACGUAUGAACUCAUUGUCCACCUGCUGGGAGACUCCAAGUAGAGAAACGCUUCAAAGUCAGGAUUUUCCUGACUAACGAUGGACACCACAGAAAACCCAUGACACACUGGGCAACAGACUUUUGAAAAUGUAGCACAUACAUUGACUUAAUGUGGUGCAACA